GCGAACAACAAAAACAGACGAAACACUCCACUUGAGUAUUAGUGACACUCAAUAUGAACUGACUUUCAAGAUCAAUGCGAAAGUUUUAAAGGGUGUCGUAAAUUUUAUGAUUGAUAUACCGUCUGCUGCAAAGUAAACAUUGACUUGAAGAAACCCUUCUUUGAACGUGGAAAAAUUGGGUUGCGAUGAUCUCUCGAUUAUCUGAAACAGGCAUUGAUCCCACUCUAAUACGAAUAGCAAAAGUGACCGUUGAUUGGUAGGUAACUACUCCAACAAGCCACGCCCGUUAGUUUUUUUCCACGAAUAUCUUUUCUCUUUACAAUGGAAACGAGUUCGAUCAUUACAUUUUUAGAUGUUUUAUACAUUCAAGUCUGCUGGUCUAGUCCUGAUGCUAUACUGUACCUGCUGCUCUCAAGAAAAGGCAUAAGGUAUCUUGAAAAUGUUAAUAAUAUUCAAGCCUCUCUUCGCUCUAAAUUCGUUUUUUUUUAUUUUCUACCCACUAGACCAAAUAUAUAAUUCUUUCCGGAUGUAAACCCUUGCCACAGACAAUAUGCGCCUGAUACACACGUGCUACAUCGCAUUAUUUUCACAGACAUCGAUGAAAAAAUCGUGAACGAGCUGUAUUAAGUUACAAUGCCAUCACGUACAUGUUCAUCAAGAGCAUGCAAAUGAGGAAUCCUGCCACCUUGCGUACUGCACUGAACAGGGCGAAAAGUACUGGAAAGUACGCCUUUUUUUUCUCUAAGCGUCUGUUGGCCUGUUGCACUUUGUUCGACAUUGAGGGGUGAAGAAGCCAUCUUAUGAAAAGUCAUCUGUACAAUUUCUGAAAGCGACCAUGAGUGAAGGACAACUCUCUCCCAUCACAAAUGACAGUAGCGCCGUCUACAUAAGGGCCUACAAAAACACAGAUCUUCAAGACUGCCGAGAGAUUUUUACUCGAGGGAUGGAACAGUUAAUCAGCCUGAUAGCACGUGUUAUCUUGCCAAAAUACUUUCAGCGUCUUGCAGCAUUUAGCGCAUUUAUUCUACCCAUUGCUGCUCUGUUACAGUGGUCUGUGACGAUGAUUCUGCUUUACAUCUUUACUUGUGUCGUUCUCUUUGCACUGUUAUAUGUCCUUAUCUACGUGGAGUGCUGGAAGUUCAUUAAUUCCUGCUUGGAAACAGACUUAGGAAAUAUUGAAAAGAGUUACAUGUCCAGUGAUGGCUCUCGCAUGUUGAUAGCCGAGUGGAAUGGUAAAGUUGUGGGCAUGGUGGGACUCGUUCACAAUAAAAGCCACAAGCCAAGAGUCGCUGAACUUCAGAGGAUGUCUGUAUCACCAGGGUGUAGGCGAAUGGGGAUUGCCAGGAAACUUCUCGAUGAGCUCCUCAAACACGCCAAGGAUCAACAAUUCGAGACGGUCGAGUUAACUACCACCAGCGCACAGACACCAGCAAUACGCUUGUACAAGAAAUACGGCUUCAAACUCAAGACGGUCUUUCCUCAUCAUCUAAGGGUUCUUGCAGAUCUUCAAUACGCUUGCUUCGAGCUUCAGUUUUGACUUUGAAUAUCAAUGUUAAAUGCGGUGAAUAGACCGCUAAUUAGUAGCUCUGAAUAUAGUCACGAAAGUCUCUGUAUUUCAAUGUAACGUACGCGGAAACUGAACGUUGAAGCAAUCUCGUGAGAUCGAAAGUGACCUGAGCUUGUCCGGCCAUUUCUCAGAAAUACACAUUGCUUUUCUACUAUUGAAGCAACCUCGCGGACAAGUGAAUCUCGUGAAUUAUCUCAUUGGAGAGGUAAAAUAGAAAAUUAAUUAAGUGCAAUCUUAGUUAUCUAUUAACUGCGGCUUUGUGCAAUUACUACCACCUUCCAAGGAGGUUAAACCAUCCCUGAUGAAGUUACUGUGAGUCUUGUUUGUCUCCAUCAUAAUCGCCGCCUAUCUCCAGUCACACUAGGUCAAGUGCGUAUGUUAAAAACUGAGGCGCACUUUUUUUGUGUGUGCUUGAAGAAACGUACGAAAAAAAAAACGGCUUUACAUUGAGUCGGUGUUUACUUAGGCGACGUUUGAACGCCUCUGAAGUUGGUUUGACAAGUAUGGCCGUUUCGGUGAGUGAAAACUUAAAUAAGAAUCAAGUCUACAGGGCCAAAUAUAGACAAAUUUCGUAAACUUGACAACACGCCAUAUAAAUACUCUGAAACGAGCGCGCGAGCAAAGGGCGGUUUUCGGAAUUUUAGCUACGGCCCUUAUCACCUUAGUUCCAGUCCAGUAGUUUCUCAGUUCUACCCUGGGCUUGCUUUUCGUUCGUGAAGCCUUGAGGGGGAGGAGGUGGCGGGGGAAGGG